AACAGAAGCUUUUCCGUUUCUCGUCGAAGCGCCAGUGGGUUGGGACGAUCCAAAGCGAACGACGAAGAAGAAGGCGAAUGGCGACGGAACGAGACGCGCUCGCCGAGUCGCUCAACGAUCUCUUCCUCAACCUAUCCACCAUGGUCAAAUCCGAGCUCCAGGGCGCGAACAAUCACCUGGAGCUGCUGGAGAAGAUGAACCUGAGGGUGGGCGAGGAGUACAAGGAGUUCGGCGACGUGGCGUCGGGGCUGAGGGUGUUCGUGGAGCAGCUCAAGUCCAAGAGCGGGAGCUUCGACGAGUACGUGCGGCAGAUCGAGGCGAUCGAGGAUCAGGUGGCGCACUUCGAGUCCGUGAUCUCCAUGCUCGACAAGUACGUGUCCCAGUUGGAAUCCAAAGUGCAGUCCGCGUGCCGCCCGCCUCAGUGAAGAAGGCUCCUUCGCUCCGUCCCAAAUCCCCUCGCUCGCUCUUCUUUAGUUUCUCAGUCAUUUUUUGUUCGAGUGUCGCGAACACCGUCACUUGCGUCGUUAAAUCCAUUUCGUCGUAAACCGUUUCAUUGUAUGGCAAAUCACUCGAAUAAA